AUGCCUGGGACACCACAGCCAGACCCGGUUGACCCGGCACCACCCGUCAACAAGGUAGAAACCGCGACGAUAAAACAAAAAGGCGAACUGGUCGCAGUCGGCGCAACCUCGUUCGUCGAGCUGCUGCCGGACGGCGACAUCCUCAAGAGGCCAUUUCCCAGCAAUAUUCACGGCAACGACCGACGCCGCGAGAUCACUACCGAGGCGUACGUGUACGAUCGGCUCGGGCCGCAUCGCUAUCUUUUGCAGAAGAAGAAGUGGGAUCCAGAAACCUGCUCUCUGACCUUGGAAUACAUGCCGAAUGGCACGCUCGCAGACUACCUGGCCGCCCACCCCGACGUGUCUCUAGAACGGCGAAAGCAGUGGGCGGUGGAAGCCGCUGGAUGCGUUCAGCUUCUGCACCUCGCCCUUAUUUACCACUGCGACAUCGGGCCGCAGAAUUUCCUCCUGGACGAUCGCCUAGGCCUCAAAAUCAUCGACUUCUCCGGGUCCUCGACCGACGGUUCUCCCACCGGGAUCGAGCCUGGCUUCCGCUACCACGACGAGUUAUCUAGGGGCCCAUCAUUCAAGCUGGAUAUCUUCAGUUUAGGGUCGACGAUGUAUUUUAUCAUGGCUGGUAAACACCCGUUCGCAGAGCUUGAGGAUGACGAAGUCAUCGCAAGAUUCCGCGCCCGCGACUUCCCUGAUUUGACGGACGUACCACUUGCUAGUGUUAUUCAAAAAUGUUGGUCUCGGGAGGUGGAGAGCGUGGAUGAUGUGAUUAAUUUGUUGACAGUCUGA